AUGGAUGACGGGGAUCGCCGCAGCCGAGGCCGCCAAACAUCCGCCGGAGGCACCGAUCGGACAGGACAAGGACCACUGCCACCGGCGCAGCCGCAGCCCGCCAAGUACAUCCCGCCGCACCUUCGGAGCCGGGCGAGUGGUUCCGGUGCUGGACCCCACCCGUAUUCGCUCCAGCGAUCCGGCGAAAUUGGUCCCAUUGGGAGAUCGUCUGAUCCGCCUCCAGCUCCUCCUGCUCACCGGACCUCUCGAUUUGGGUCAGAACCUGGUAAUUCUGGUGUUAAAAUACUGAAUAUCCCGAAAGAGCACCCCCAAUCGAGUCCUCCGAAAAACACUAGUAACAAAAUUUUGCCCAUCAAACGACCGGAGGGAAGUACCCUUGGCGGAGGAAAGCCCAUCAACCUCCUCGUAAAUCAUUUUCUCGUCAGAUUCAAUCCAAAGGUCACCAUUUUCCAUUACAGCCUGGACAUUAAUGAAGCAACGUCCCGUGGGAAAAGACCCGUCAGAAAGUCCAGACACAAAGGCAUCCUGCGCUUGAUUAGAAAUAAAUUGUGCCUUGAUGACCCGGCUCAAUUUCCACUCAACCGAACUGCUUAUGAUGGCGAAAGGAAUCUGUACAGUGCAGUCCCACUUCCGACCGGUCAAUUCAAGGUAGAGCUUUCUGGUAGUGAAGAUCCUGCAGCUAGGAUUUAUCAUGUCUCGAUCAAGCUAAUGACCGAGCUAAAGCUUUCCAAGCUUGAGGACUAUUUAACUGGAAAGGUUCAACACGUGCCUCGUGACAUACUGCAAGGGAUGGAUCUCGUGAUGAAGGAGAAUCCUUCUAGAUACAGAAUCUCCAUUGAUCGGAAUUUCUAUCCUUCCAUUUUCAGGGAGGAAGAUGAUUUUGGAAAUGGUGUUGCAGCAUAUCGAGGUUUCCAAUCGACUUUACGGCCCACGUCACAGGGCCUCGCCUUGUGCCUGGACAGUUCGGUUAUGGCCUUUCGCAAGCCAAUGCCAGUUAUAGAUUUCCUAAAGGAGAAUAUUCCCCAAUUCAGCGGGUCGGAUUUUGAUCCGUAUUUGAGGAGACGGGUGAGUAAUGCGUUGAAAGGAUUGACGGUGAGAGUGACUCACCGUCUUACCAAACAGCUGUUUUCUAUAACUGGUUUGACCACACAGAGUACUCGUGAUCUUUGGUUUGACUUUGUUGACCCGAAUGGGCGAGAACAGACUGUUAAAGUCAGUCUGGUCGAGUAUUUCAAGGAGAAGUACGGGAAGGAGAUUGUUUAUCAGGCUGUUCCCUGCUUGAUUGUUGGGAGAAAUAAUCGGAUGAAUCAUGUCCCGAUGGAAUUUUGUGUCUUGGUUCAGGGGCAACGGUAUAAAAAAGAGCUGUUGGGUGAAGCAGAACAGGAGAAGUUUAAGGCGAAAUGUUUGGCUCGACCACUCGAGAGGAGGCAAACAAUAAGUGAGAUGAUGGAGGCACAUGAUGGGCCUUAUGGAGACGUGACGAAAAAUUUCGGAUUUCAAAUCGAUAAGAACAUGACAUCUGUCGAAGGUCGUGUCAUAACCCCACCCGAGUUAAAGCUAUGCACUCCCAAUGGUGCAGUCGAUAUCGUUCGAAUCGAAAACGAUAAACGCCAGUGGAGCCUAUCCGAAAACUCUGUCGUGGAUGGCAAAAGGAUAGAAACAUGGGCUUUACUCGAAUUCCGCUCGUCCAAUUCCCUCGAGCUCAAAUCUAAAGACUUCAUCAAGAAUCUCACGAACAGAUCCCGCAGCCUAGGGAUCCACAUGGAGGAGCCUCUACUUUCUCUCUCCACCAGCAUGCGCGAGUUAUCUUCUUUAACCACUCUGGAACAAUACCUCAGGAGGACCAUUCGAGAAGCUAGCAAUAAAAGCAGGACCAAAUUGCAAAUUAUAAUAUGUGUAAUGGCAGAAAAGCACCCCAGCGGCUACAAGUACCUCAAGUGGUUAUCCGAAACAAGAAUCGGCGUAAUUACUCAGUGUUGCCUGUCCGUGCACGCAAAUCGAGGAGACGAGAAGUUUCUCGUCAAUUUGUGCCUCAAAAUCAACGCGAAGCUCGGGGGAAGUAACGCCGAGCUAAUCCAAACACUUCCCAAUUUCGAUAACGGAGCAGAAAAAAACGACCAUGUCAUGUUCAUUGGAGCCGACGUGAACCAUCCGGUCUCGAAAAGAUCGACGAACCCUUCCAUAGCUGCCGUGGUCUCUACAAUUAACUGGCCCGCAGUUACCCGCUAUGCCGCUAGGGUUUGCCCGCAACACCACCGAACCGAAAAGAUCCUCGAUUUUGGACUCAUGUGCCGUGAUCUUGUCGAAACUUAUUUCCGGUUUAAUAAAGUCCGGCCCGCGAAAAUCGUCGUGUUUCGAGACGGGGUUAGCGAGGGACAAUUUGAGAUGGUGCUGAACGAAGAGCUCUCAGAUUUGAAACGUGUGGUGUGCACCGAAAACUAUGAGCCGAAAAUCACGCUCGUCGUGGCCCAGAAGAGGCACCAGACUCGCCUUUUUGUGGAGAACUUUCGGGAUGUGGGGCCCACGGGGAAUGUGCCACCUGGCACGGUGGUGGACACAAAAAUUGUGCACCCGUUCGAGUUUGACUUUUACCUUUGCAGUCACUACGGGAGGACAGGGACGAGCAAGGCCGUGAGGUACUCCGUUUUGCUAAACGAGAAUUGCUUCACGCCCGAUCAGCUGCAGAGGCUCGUUUAUGGUUUGUGCUUCACGUUCGCGCGGAGCACGAGACCCGUCUCGUUGGUGCCUCCGGUUUACUAUGCAGACCUGGUGGCGUACAGGGGCCGUAUUUUUGAGGAGGUGGCUAAGGAGGUUCGGGCACGGCCAGGGGCAUCUUCGUCCGUUUCGAAUGCUUUUGAUAGGAGCUUUUACGAGCUCCAUCCGGAUCUUCGGGACGUGAUGUUUUUCGUUUGA